AAAUCUUCAUCUGGACAACAAGGAAUAAACGUUUGUCGUCUUCUGAUAACAGCACAGUGACUUAAUGUCUGAUCUAACACACAGAUAAUGGCAGCAAGACAAACUGAAGAAACCAAGGGUGGAGAGAUUAGAAAAAUACCUGCGAAAGAAAUCACAUAUGAUGAAACCCCAAUUGGCCGUGGAGGUUACGGUUAUGUAUACCGUGGAACACAUGCUGAGUUGGGCAUGGUCGCAAUUAAAACCAUGAUAACUGAUGGCAUUCUACCAGCACGCCAUCAGCGUGUGUUUAAGAGUGAGGCGAAGGCACUGUGGGAGAUGAGUCACCCGUCGGUGGUGCGUCUGCUCGGAUUGAUCAUGGAGAAGAACAACUACUCCCUCGUCCUCGAGUACAUGCACUUCGGCAGCCUGUCGUCAUUCCGCGCAGACUUCCCCCAUGUGAGCUCGUCUCUCAUCAUCAGCAUCGUCCGCGAUGUCGUCCUGGGAAUGGACUUCCUGCACUCACAGGUUCCCCCCGUUCUGCACCUUGACAUGAAGUCGGACAAUAUUCUCAUCAACCGCCAAAUACGCGCCAAGAUAACUGAUUUUGGUUUGGCUCAGUGGAAAACAAUGACCCGGUCAAUAACACAGAGUCAGAAAACUACCGAAGGUAUAAGUCGAAAGGGUACCGUGACUCACGUACCCCCUGAAGUGUGGAACAAUGUGAACACCCCACCCAACAAGGCCUAUGACAUCUAUGGCUUUGGGAUCGUUGUUUGGGAGGCAAUAACAGGAAGCAGACCAUUUGGAAACACCAGUGAUGACAUCAUCCCCAAAGCUGUUCUCAGUGGUCAGCGGCCAGACAUGACCAUCAUUCCCAAGGACUGUCCAGCCAAACUGACCAGCAUCAUGACGGAAUGUUGGAGCCAGAAGCCAGAUGCACGGCCUGAUUUCUCAUCGUUGAAAGCACAAGUGAAUAUACUCUUUGAGUCCUUUGCACAUGUUCUGCCAAAAGAUUUACAAGAUUUGGAAAAGGCUAUCGGAGAUCUUUACCAACCCGAAGACAUUGGCGGGGAUACGCUUGGGACAAGUGAGUCUGAGACAUUGUAUGACAUCGUAACUAAAAUCAACCCAGCCAGCAGUACUGCAGCACCUUCUGAUGUUGAAAUGGUAGAUGCUCAACCGCAACCGUCUACUUCCACCGACACUACACCGUCUGCUUCAUCGGUCAACCAGGCUUCACCCAAGUCAACCGAAGUCAGUGGUCAAGCAACACCUACCACUGAAUCUCAAAAUCAGUCAACAAGUACCACCACCACCACCACGGAUAAUCAAACUAAUCCGAAUGUGUCUGAUUCUUCUGGGUUGUCACCUGACCAGAAGAAAGCAGUGAAGCGGGUGUUGAGAGACCCAGUUGCCAUGCUACUCAUGCACAGAGAUCCAUCCCUGUGUCACAGCAUCUACCACAUCAACAGCAUCACACAGAAGCAGCUGAAAAAUCCAGGCUUUCUGUUGAAACUAAUGGAGGAAGAUCCCGAAUUAAAAAUGGACUUGAUGAAACGAGGUACCGAGUACUUGGGCUGGCUUUUUAAUCCAAUGGACAUGAAAGAAGAGAUUCGUAGAAACAGGCCACGACACGUUGCCAAGCCAGAGGUUGCGGAGAAAAUGAAAAAUCUGAAGAAGGAGAGAGAGAAACGUGAAAAAGAAGAGAUUGGUUCUCGAGGGCCAGAACUGAUGAUGGGAGGUGGUCGACACAUAAUGAUGGGUGGACUUUCACACUUGUUCAAUUAUCCCUCUUCAAGGAGGUACCCAAGAUCAUUUAAUGAUUUAGAUGAUGAUUCUGAAUCGACCAUGUUUGGCGAUCUUGGAUACAAAGUGGUGAAAGCGUUCUACAAUCCGCAUAUGAUGAAAUAUGCUCUUGGUGAAGGUCGCUCCUCCAUGAUGGCUCCCAUUGACCAGGAGGUAUUGGAGGUUCUGCGUAAUCCGGAUAGGUUUGUCAUGAUGCUUGAACAGGACCCAAAGUUUCGGGCACAGCUCAUGAAGAUCAACAGUGAAGCUGUUAUGAAGAUCGUUAGUCAAGCCCGAAUGCCGUAUCGGAACAUGUAUGGGAAAAGACAGGCAAUGAGACAGAUGAUGAUGAUGUCGCCACACGGGCUCGAGCGAGACUUGAUGGACAUGGAUCUGGAGGAGGAGGACAGGAUGAUGCACAUGGAGAUGCAGAUGAUGGGAGGAUUGGAUGAUGACGACAUGGUUUACCACAUGAAUCGGAGAGGUCCAUUAUCGAACGUCUCAUCCAUGCUGCGUGGUUUUCAAUCGAGAAACAAAUCGCCCAAGAGAAAUACACACAUUUCCACCGGUAUGACUCGCACAUCACCAGCAUCAUCUCCAAAACCAGUAAAUACAACAGGUACAGCUGCAAAGCCAGCAAAAAAGUCAUCAACUACAAGUACAAAUUCAGCAAAAACAACGUCAGCUACAGCUACGAAGUCAGCAGAAACAUCAAAUACAGCAACCGUAAAACCCACAGAACGCUCAUCAACUACAAAUGCAAACUCAGCAGAAACAACAGCAGCUACAGCUGCACAGUCAGCAGAAAACUCAUCACUAGCUAUGGCAACUGCAUCUGAAACAUCAACAAGUGGAAAGCUUACUGCUGGUGACUCUUCUGUUGACCCAAAGUCAGACAGUACUGAGGAUAAUAAAACUGUGACACCAGAAGGACAAGGCAAAUCUGAUGAGGUAGUUAAAGCUCCAAUACAGAGACAAACUACCACACAGCCGCUCGCCACUGUGUAUCCACCAGGCAUGACAAGAAAAGAAUCUGGUGCAGCAUUUGAUGAAACAGAGUUAAAGUCAGAAACUGCAGCCUCCCAAGGUAUAACAACAGACAGUGAUUGUCUGUCAUCGUCACAACAGGCUGGAGGUGGUGGAGAAAUUCAGUCCAAAUCCUCAGCAAAAUCAGAUGAUGAUGUUUCAUCACGUACUUUUGCAUCUACCGACAACAGAACUGGUAAAGGCCAUUUGGGAAAUGAAAAUAUACUAUCUAUGUUUAGUAGACCAUGGUCUGGUCGUGUUACACGUGGCAACUUUUAUCCUCAUGAUGAUGACAGUGACAGUGACAGUGAUGACGACGAACAAGAUGAUUUUGCAGGAUAUCAUACACCUCCAGAGUUUGAUGCCGAUCCCAGGGGAAACAAAUCUAGAAUAAGAAUAACAGUGGGUAAUGGUGGAACUGUUAUCACCACCUCGGGAUCACAUGAUGCAAACAACUCAAUACAGAUUGGGAACAGGAACAUCAUGUUUGUAACCUCUGGAAAGCGUGGACAGAACACAGAGUCUUCUAGUUAUUCAAAAAAAAUUAAGAAAACCUAUCCAUCUUCUAUAGAUGAUAACCCUGAUAAGGAUAAAGAUCACCCCAACAAGGAUAAAGAUCACCCUGACAAGGAUAAGGAUCACCCUGACAAGGAUAAGGAUCACACUGACAUGGAAAAGGAUAACCCGGACAAGGAAAAGGAUCACCCUGACAAGGAUAAUGAUCACCCUGACAUGGAAAAGGAUCACCAUGACAAGGAUACGGAUCACCCUGACAAGGAUAAGGAUCACCCUGACAAGGAAAAGGAUCACCCUGACAUGGAAAAGGAUGGUGGUGACCUCUGAAUGAUAGAUGAUGAUGAUAGUGUCUCGCAGAAUAUUAUGCAGUGAUGAUGAUAACGACACUCCUUUGAGAUGACUGCAAGACACCUUUUCAUCUUAUUGUUGUAUAAAUAUACAUGCAAAGCAAAUAUAAACUUGAACAAGAUUUUCAGAGAUUUAAAAAAAUGUCUUGAAUCUAUUGAUCAACAUACCAAAUGCAUGUGAUGUGUUUUGUGAACAUUUGAAUAAUCUGAAUGGAGAAACUAAUAUUUGAUAUGCUUUGAACUGUGCAUUUUUCUUUACAAUCUCUUUAUUAAUCAAAUGUUAAUAUUGAUGUACCCUCUGUUGUAUCCUACGGUCACCCUAUGACAAGAUAAAGCAAAGUGAUAACAUGUUAAUAGCAAUUAAGACGACAGUUUAAUGUAAACCAUAUUAAUUAUAACACACAUUAAUAUGGAUUGGUCAAUAGGCAAUGCUUGUUGUAAAGAACACCAAUGUUACCAUACAUACACAAUACAGAUGCAACAGUAAUCUGGACAUCAUUUUGUCAUGUUACAUAAGUCUAACUUGACUUGCUUACAAUUGAACUACAUUUUGUUAAUUGUACAGUCGUGACUGGUCUAACAGAUGUUAUGUUUGUCAUUGUACAUAUGUCUAACCUGUUGUAAAGACCACCAACGUUACAAUACAUACAAAAUACAGAUGCAACAGUAAUCUGGACAUCAUUUUGUCAUGUUACAUAAGUCUAACUUGACUUGCUUACAAUUGAACUACAUUUUGUUAAUUGUACAGUCGUGACUGGUCUAACAGAUGUUAUGUUUGUCAUUGUACAUAUGUCUAACCUGUUGUAAAGAACACCACCGUUACAGUACAUACAAAAUACAGAUGCAACAGUAAUCUGGACAUCAUUUUGUCAUGUUACAUAAGUCUAACUUGACUUGCUUACAAUUGAACUACAUUUUGUUAAUUGUACAGUCGUGACUGGUCUAACAGAUGUUAUGUUUGUCAUUGUACAUAUGUCUAACCUGUUGUAAAGAACACCAACGUUACAGUACAUACACAAUACAGAUACAACAGUAAUCUGGACAUCAUUUUGUCAUGUUACAUAAGUCUAACUUGACUUGCUUACAAUUGAACUACAUUUUGUUAAUUGUACAGUCGUGACUGGUCUAACAGAUGUUAUGUUUGUCAUUGUACAUAUGUCUAACCUGUUGUAAAGAUCACCAACAUUACAGUACAUGUACAAUACAGAUGCAACAGUAAUCUGGACAUCAUUUUGUCAUGUUACAUAAGUCUAACUUGACUUGCUUACAAUUGAACUACAUUUUGUUAAUUGUACAGUCGUGACUGGUCUAACAGAUGUUAUGUUUGUCAUUGUACAUAUGUCUAACCUGUUGUAAAGAUCACCAACAUUACAGUACAUGUACAAUACAGAUGCAACAGUAAUCUGGACAUCAUUUUGUCAUGUUACAUAAGUCUAACUUGACUUGCUUACAAUUGAACUACAUUUUGUUAAUUGUACAGUCGUGACUGGUCUAACAGAUGUUAUGUUUGUCAUUGUACAUAUGUCUAACCUGUUGUAAAGAUCACCAACAUUACAGUACAUGUACAAUACAGAUGCAACAGUAAUCUGGACAUCAUUUUGUCAUGUUACAUAAGUCUAACUUGACUUGCUUACAAUUGAACUACAUUUUGUUAAUUGUACAGUCGUGACUGGUCUAACAGAUGUUAUGUUUGUCAUUGUACAUAUGUCUAACCUGUUGUAAAGAUCACCAACAUUACAGUACAUGUACAAUACAGAUGCAACAGUAAUCUGGACAUCAUUUUGUCAUGUUACAUAAGUCUAACUUGACUUGCUUACAAUUGAACUACAUUUUGUUAAUUGUACAGUCGUGACUGGUCUAACAGAUGUUAUGUUUGUCAUUGUACAUAUGUCUAACCUGUUGUAAAGAUCACCAACAUUACAGUACAUGUACAAUACAGAUGCAACAGUAAUCUGGACAUCAUUUUGUCAUGUUACAUAAGUCUAACUUGACUUGCUUACAAUUGAACUACAUUUUGUUAAUUGUACAGUCGUGACUGGUCUAACAGAUGUUAUGUUUGUCAUUGUACAUAUGUCUAACCUGUUGUAAAGAUCACCAACAUUACAGUACAUGUACAAUACAGAUGCAACAGUAAUCUGGACAUCAUUUUGUCAUGUUACAUAAGUCUAACUUGACUUGCUUACAAUUGAACUACAUUUUGUUAAUUGUACAGUCGUGACUGGUCUAACAGAUGUUAUGUUUGUCAUUGUACAUAUGUCUAACCUGUUGUAAAGAUCACCAACAUUACAGUACAUGUACAAUACAGAUGCAACAGUAAUCUGGACAUCAUUUUGUCAUGUUACAUAAGUCUAACUUGACUUGCUUACAAUUGAACUACAUUUUGUUAAUUGUACAGUCGUGACUGGUCUAACAGAUGUUAUGUUUGUCAUUGUACAUAUGUCUAACCUGUUGUAAAGAUCACCAACAUUACAGUACAUGUACAAUACAGAUGCAACAGUAAUCUGGACAUCAUUUUGUCAUGUUACAUAAGUCUAACUUGACUUGCUUACAAUUGAACUACAUUUUGUUAAUUGUACAGUCGUGACUGGUCUAACAGAUGUUAUGUUUGUCAUUGUACAUAUGUCUAACCUGUUGUAAAGAUCACCAACAUUACAGUACAUGUACAAUACAGAUGCAACAGUAAUCUGGACAUCAUUUUGUCAUGUUACAUAAGUCUAACUUGACUUGCUUACAAUUGAACUACAUUUUGUUAAUUGUACAGUCGUGACUGGUCUAACAGAUCUUAUGUUUCUCAUUGUACAUAUGUCUAACCUGUUGUAAAGAUCACCAACAUUACAGUACAUACAAAAUACAGAUGCAACAGUAAUCUGGACAUCAUUUUGUCAUGUUACAUAAGCCUGACUUGACUUGCUUACAUUGAACUUCAUUUGUUUUAUUGUACAGUUGUGACUGGUCUAACAGAUAUUAUGUUUGUCAUUGUACAUAUGUCUAACCUGUUGUAAAGAUCACCAACAUUACAGUACAUGUACAAUACAGAUGCAACAGUAAUCUGGACAUCAUUUUGUCAUGUUACAUAAGUCUAACUUGACUUGCUUACAUUGAACUUCAUUUGUUUUAUUGUACAGUCGUGACUGGUCUAACAGAUCUUAUGUUUCUCAUUGUACAUAUGUCUAACCUGUUGUAAAGAACACCAACAUUACAGUACAUACAAAAUACAGAUGCAACAGUAAUCUGGACAUCAUUUUGUCAUGUUACAUAAACCUGACUUGACGUGCUUACAUUGGAACUACAUUUUUUAUUGUACAGUCGUGACUGGUCUAACAGAUGUUAUGUUUGUCAUUGUACAUAUGUCUAACCUGUUGUAAAGAACACCAACGUUACAGUACAUACAAAAUACAGAUGCAACAGUAAUCUGGACAUCAUUUUGUCAUGUUACAUAAACCUGACUUGACGUGCUUACAUUGGAACUACAUUUUUUAUUGUACAGUCGUGACUGGUCUAACAGAUGUUAUGUUUGUCAUUGUACAUAUGUCUAACCUGUUGUAAAGAACACCAACGUUACAGUACAUACAAAAUACAGAUGCAACAGUAAUCUGGACAUCAUUUUAUCAUGUUACAUAAACCUGACUUGACGUGCUUACAUUGGAACUACAUUUUUUUUAUUGUAGUCGUGACUGGUCUAACGGAUCUUAUGUUUCUCAUUGUACAUUAAUAUAUGUCUAACCUGUAUAUAACAGCCAUAUGUUCAUAACAGCCACCAUAAAUCUUGCCCAAUGCAUAUCUUUCUUUAUGUUACCUGUAUAACAGCCACCUGUUUAAUGUGGCCAGCGACUACUAUUUUGUUUUUACGAAAAGAAAUUAUUGAAUUUGCCAUAACAGCUACAAGAUAUACACAUGUAUUGGCCUGUCCAGUCACAAUAUAAAGUCAUUGUCUGACUUAAGUUGAAAUAAAAUAAGUACAUGCCCCAGUACAUCAUUAAUCAUAUUGGGGCGGGACAUAGCCCAGUGGUAAAGCGUUCUCUUGAUGCAUGGUCAGUGUAGGAUCAAUCCCCAUCAGUGGAGCCCUUGGGCUAUUUCUCGUUCCAGCCAGUGCUCCACAACUGGUGUA